AUGCUGUUGUCGGAUCUCAGCUUUUAUGAGAAUGGCGAGCUUUUGGGUUUAGAAAGAAGUUUGGCUGUUGUUUCAGAUACGCCACAGACCAGCAGCCAGUGGUUACUUGAGUGGCUCUGCGACAAAGAGUCGUUGUUUGUGUCUUUUUGCCGAGACAAACCAAAAGUUGCUGGCGAGUUUUUGGAUCUAGGAGAAGACCUUAUCAGAAUGAGCGGUCCUAAUUUCAUAAAGCCCGAUCUCAAAGUGGUGCUUGCCAAAAUCAUGGCAUUCAAUAAGCGCACUGUCGUGCUUCAGUACCCCACACUUUUAUUAAUGGCGAACCUUACGGAUCAUGCCGGUUUGCUGAACUUUAUCAAGAGCCUUUUGGUCAAAUCUCGAGUGGUUGUGGCUGUCCAGCUGUCUAGACCGUCAAUUGAGUCCCAGUUACCGGUAUCGCAGGAGUUCACUCAGUUUGUCACUUCCCUCAUGCAUCAGGCCAGUCUAAUUCUAACUAUUCGUCCUGUUCCAACGGGCCGUGCCGACGAUAUUACGGGUAUUUUGCAUGUUUCCGCCGGGUCGAGGAGUCUGGGUGUUCCCGAACGAGAAUACAUGUAUACAAUUGGCAAGCACAUUGAGCUUCAGCCACGAUAA